GCGGAAGUGACAUCUGACCCCGGAAACAGUUCGCACCGCAGGACGGAAGUGACGUGUCAACCCAGGCAGGGUCUGGCGGCGAAGUGAGUGACGUGACCUCUGCAAAGCGCCGGCGCAGGUCACGUGCCCUGGGGAUGGAGCCGCAGCAGCAGCAGCAGCAGCAGCUUCGCAGCCUGCGGGAUUUCCUGCUUGUCUACAACAGGAUGACGGAGCUCUGUUUCCUGCGCUGCAUCUCCAACCUGAACUACCGGGCGCUCACCAGGGAGGAGGAGGCCUGUCUAGAUGGCUGUGCUGGGAAGCUCGUCCACUCCAACCACCGCCUGAUGGGGGCCUACAUGCAGCUUAUGCCCUCCAUUGUGCAGCGUCGGAUCUCGGACUAUGAGGCCACUGCAGCCCAAGUGGUGCCAGGCUCCAGCCUGAAGCAGGUCCCUGGUGCUGCCUCUGUGGCCCUGCCAGCAGCACUUGGCACGGAAACCCACCCUAGCCUGCAGGUGGCUGCCAGUCUCCCCACUGCCACGGAGAGCGCUCCAGAUGCCGUCAGCUAGUACCCUACUGCCUCCCGGCAUUGCCUGGUCCCCCAUGGCUGCACGCUGGACUUGGGCCUGGGUGUGAAACAGCCUCUCGGGGGCAAUGCAGCUGCACCCUGGGCUGGGCCUCCUCCCAGCGCUGGAUCUAGCCCAGAUGGGCACUUCCUCCCUCUUCAGUUGGGACUGGGCUGAUUAGUGUCAGCAUCAGAGCUACCCUAGCUGCAGCCUGGGCCUCCUGACAGCAGAGCUAUGCAAGCUCCAGCAGCAUUUGGGCCGGGCCAGCCUGCCUAACGUUGGGGCGCUGAGCAGCAUGGGUGGGGCCUUCCAGCUGCUCGGGCCCAUUGCCCUCUGGAGCAGCCUGUGGCAGUGCCCUGCUGCGGGCUUGUUAGUCACAGCAGCUGCUCUCGGCCAGGCUCUUGUGCCCCAGGGCGGGGUUUUCUCUCUGUCCCCGGAAGGCUAUUUCCUAUUACCAGUAGAUCAGUGUCCUCUUGAUUCCCUGGGUGGUUGGGAUGCCUUGGGCAGGGCCCAGCCCGCUCACCCCGCUGUUAGCCUCCUGCAGCAAGCACACAGCUGCUGGAAGGGCCUGGGAGCUCUCCCAGGCUGUUGUUUCUCCCCGCCCUGCCUCUGUCCAUAGGGCCCCUGCAUGGAUCCAGGAGCCGGCAGAGAUCAGCCCCACACCCUGAUUGUACCCCAUUGCUACUUGGUCUCUACUCCAUUUCGACACUGAGUCACUAGGGCAAGCCUUGCCCUGCUCCCCAGGGACUGGGAGACAAGGGGGUUACUCUAAGGAGAGGGGCUCCACCCCAGGUUCCCGUACACCAGGUGAAUGGAGCUUGUGUGGCUCCACAGGAGUGAGGGGCAUGUCUUGCACCCUUCCUGGGAAGGCCCCUGUCCAGUCCCAUGUGCCAGUGCACGACGCUCUGAGGUUGAGCAUGGGACUGCGGCACUUGUCACGCAUUGACAGGCUCUCCCCUGCUUUUAAACAGUUGUCCUGGGAGUCACGCUUUUAAUGCGCCAGGCCCCACUCCACCCCCAAGCAGGCCAUGCAGCCGCAGCACCCACUGGACUGGGCCUGAGGCAGGCUCCUGCUCAGAGAUCCCUCAUGGCCUCGGGGAGCACCGCAAAUGACAAGCUGGUUGGGUCGGAACAAGGGGGUAGCGCCUGGGUUUGGUGUUAGGAAAGGUGGGAGCCAUGGCCUGAAGCAGCCUGCUCUGCUGAGAUCCAGCUUGUCUCUCGCUGGAUAGCUGCAGCACCUAUCUCAGCUCUCUGUCCUGCUCCAGGGGUGGCCAUGCCAAGUGGAGUGCACAGAGCUGUACAUGGGUAAUAAAGAGAUUAACA